GAGAGCGAGGCUGAACGCCUGACGUCAAGGCGACACCGCCAAACCUCGCCCAGAGUCAGGCGUGGAAAGCAGCCUGAGCGGCGGCGGCGGCGGCGGCGACGGCGGCGGCGCCGGCGGCGGCGGCAGCGGCAGAGACCGCCGUGGCGCCGGGAGCAGCGACCCGAAGGGAACGCGGGGCGACGGCGACGGCGGCGACCCGGUGACAGCGCGAGAGGUACUAAGUGUGACAAGUGUGCAUCAUGCGUGAAUAUAAGCUAGUCGUUCUUGGCUCAGGAGGUGUUGGGAAGUCGGCUCUGACUGUACAGUUUGUUCAAGGAAUUUUUGUUGAAAAAUAUGAUCCUACGAUAGAAGAUUCUUAUAGAAAGCAAGUUGAAGUAGAUGCGCAGCAGUGUAUGCUUGAAAUCUUGGAUACUGCAGGAACGGAACAGUUUACAGCCAUGAGAGAUCUGUACAUGAAGAAUGGACAAGGCUUUGCUCUGGUUUACUCCAUCACAGCACAGUCUACAUUUAAUGACUUACAAGAUCUAAGAGAACAGAUUCUUCGGGUUAAAGACACUGAUGAUGUUCCAAUGAUUCUGGUUGGUAAUAAAUGCGACUUGGAAGAUGAAAGAGUUGUAGGAAAGGAACAAGGUCAGAACCUAGCAAGACAGUGGAACAACUGUGCGUUCUUAGAAUCCUCUGCAAAGUCCAAAAUAAAUGUUAACGAGAUCUUUUAUGACCUAGUGCGGCAAAUUAACAGAAAAACUCCAGUGCCUGGGAAGGCCCGCAAAAAGUCAUCGUGUCAGCUGCUUUAAUGUACUGAAUGCAUUGUAGCUCUGAGCCAGGUCUGAAGAACUGUUGCCCAAUUCAACAGUGCCAGCAUUCCAACUUUGUUAAACCUACCAACAUCUUAAAUGGACUUUCCUGUGGUGGUACCCUGUAAGAGGCGGAUGAAAGCUACUCUGUCAGUUUGCACAUUCUAAUCACUUUCCAGUAUCACGAGAGAUUUUUACUUAUAUAAUAGUUCUAGAGUAUGCAGCUGGUAAAACCAGAGGCUACAUCCAGUAUUCCUGCUAAGAGACAUUCUUCAUCCACCAAUGUUGUACAUGUAUGAAAACGGUGUACUGUAUACUUUAACACACCCCAUACUUUGUAUUGGAGAGUACAAUAAUGUAAAUCCUAAAAGCACCACUAUUUUAGCAUAAUAAAAGAAAGUCCAAAGAGCUCCUAUAUAGACUACUCCAGAUAACUUUGCUUCUUUGAUACUUGUAGCUUAUUGUAAUUUUUUUUAAAUUCAAGGUCAUUAUCAUUGUAUUAUACAAAAUAAGCGCUUUGAUUAACACAGCUAUAUAGUUUUUUUAAUUUUUCAAAAACCUGUGGAGACAGUGAUCUUGUCUUUAAAAUAUGAUAGUCCUUUCAGUAUAAUGUCUUAGAUUAAAGACAUUGCCUUUAAUAUCUGUUGGGAAGGAAAUGUCCAGACUUUCAAAUCUCCUUAUUAUAUGUUUCCUUUUUGUUUACAUAGGGAACAAUGUUUAUAGUUGUGUGUACAGUGGGGGUCUACAACAAGAAGUGUAUAUUUUCAAACAAUUUUUUAAUGAUUUAACAAUUUUUGUAAAUCAUUUUCAGGCUUCUGCAGCUGUAGAUUCUCACUGUGACUCCCUUGCUUGCUCAUGCAUACGUGUGUCUGCAAUACCAAAUAGACAGGUUUAGUAUCUCUGCCUGUUAGUGAUUGUUUCACAUGUGUAACGUUUUGGUUGAGAUGUUAACUGGUGGACGAGUACUGUGGAUGUGAAUGUGGGAAGUAAUUUUAAUCAUGUGUAAUUGGUCACAAGGCCUAAUUUGCAGUAACUCUUGCUGUUUUAUUUAACAAUGCCUUGUUGCUUUGCGUGCAUUAACGUUUGGGUGUAAAGAUUGUGUCCAUCCAACAGGGAGCCACAGUAUUUAAAUUGACCAACCUGAUGUUACAACGACUUUGAGGUGGCCAAAUGUAAACUAAAAGCCUUAAUUAAAGUGGUGCAAUUUUGUAUAACUUAGCAUCCGUAGUUCAAUAAAUUUGGAUUGCCGUGCAAGGGCUUGCAUUAUAAUUACUUGCCACUUGAAUGUGUUUUGUGUAAUGUUUUAACAGUGCUAGUAAAUAAAUAUGGGUUUACCUUUUUAAAUGUAAUAGGUGUUAUUUUACACAGUGUGAUUUCAUAAUUUAUAACAUAUAGGUAAACCAGACUCUUAAUUACUUCCAAGAAUGAUGAAUGAAAGAUAUCAGGGUUCAGUUUUGGUUUUAUUUUCUUUUCUAGAGUUGUUUGACUAUCCACAUAAAAUCACCCUUUGAACGUUUCCUUGAGAAAAAAAUGUUAUAAAUGAAGCAGUAUUACUUAUGAACAGAUGCCUUUGGCUAGUGUUCGGUAACUCUCUGGGGUGAGAAAAGGGGAAGGAUUCACAUACUUUGGGUACUACACUAUGGAUUUUUUUUCCAAUAGAAUGCAAAUCUUUGAGGAAUUAAUACAAAGAAAUUUCCACCAUUUAUGCUUAAAAUAUUAAUAUGAUUAUACAAUUUUUGAUGUGGAUUCAUGCUACUUUUAUUAUCUUUGUCUUGUGUGUACUAUAAUUGAAUUCUGUGGAAUUUAUAAAGAAGCUCUUAAACUUUUUCAUAGUAUUUACCAGCUGCUGGAGCAACUACUUAGGGGUACCUUCUAGUUUGCAGGUGUGCCAAUCGCAACACGUGCUGUUUGAAAUGGGACAUUAAAGGCUUUCAUUUUAA